AUGACCGUUAAGAUAGAAAGAAAAUCAGAUUUCUGUGAUACUGGUCUGGUAGAUGAUCUCGCCCGGGAACAUAUUAUAAUCACCGGAGGGUGUUGGAGCGACGGGAUGAUAGAUCGCGCAGCUUGUCUUAGUGAGAAAUGUUCUGAAGAGGCUGUUUUAGUCAAGACUAGUAAACAGGAACACACGUCACUUCCGCGAGAUUCCACUGUGCAACUCGCCUGGCAGACAAGGGCGGUUUCCACGACGCAGCAGAAUAUGGCUAGCCCUGUGGAAGUGAAGAGGAUCAAUCCCAGAUCUGAGGUUAUUGCACACUGCUACCUGAAUGUGCGGGAAGUCAUGUAUGCGAUUGAAAUUAGUGCACGGAAGCAAAGUGCCCAAGGGCACUUCCGGAAUGCUGGCAUCACACUCGAUGAGUAUGACAUGGAAAUCGCCGCCAGGUUGCAGUUUCAAUAUCUGUCCCAGAUUCGUCGACCCAUCCGCUUUUACAUUUACUUCGUCCAAAUCACGAAGGAUAUCCUCUAUAUAGCUUCCUGUACCGCUGAACUUGAAAUUAAACACAAUCACACGGUGGACAGCAAGAAGUCGUUGGGAAGGUGGUUGAUGGUACGAUUAGGACUCAAGGGCAACAUUCUGACAACAGGUAACGUAAUUCCCAGGAACGAAUUACAUCAAUGCCGAAAUCUCCUAGCCACCGAUGCCCUUGAAAAUCCUCUCCUUCUGAACCAGGUGUAG